AUGGACAGCGUCGGUGGGGAAGAAGUGGCGAAUGUCGAGGCCACCGUUCCCCACAGAGGUGGUUUAUCCGCGGGGCUGGAGAGCAGGCGCCCCCUAGCGAUCCAAGCUGAUAGUCCAUGCUGGGCUCCGGCGCCGCAGUCCCUGAUGGUGACGGCGGCAGCAGCGCCCCCUAGCGGCCGGGGCGGGAGCAGGCGCCCCCUAGCGGUCCAGGCCGAUAGUCCCGUGCUUGACUCCGGCUCCGCACCGUCCCCCCGCGGCCGGGGCGGGAGCAGGCGCCCCCUAGCGGUCCAGGCCGAUAGUCCCGUUCUUGACUCCGGCUCCACAGCGCCCCCCAGCGGCCGGGGAGGAAACAGGCGCCCCCUAGCGGUCCAGGCCGAUAGUCCCGCGCUUGACUCCGGCCGCCUUGGCGCCCCCCAGCGGUUGGGGCGGGAGCAGGCGCCCCCCCUAGCGAUCCAGGCCGAUAGUCCCGUGCUUGUCUCCAUUUACUUUAGCGCCCCUCAGCGGCAGGGACUGGAACAGGCGCCCCCUAGCGAUCCAGGCCAAUACGGGCUCCCCCUAGCGAUCCAGGCUGAUCGUCCAGUGAUCGGCCGCGGCGCCCCCCAGCGGCCGGGGCAGGAGCGGACGCCCCCUAGCGAUCCAGACCGAAACGGCCGGGGCAAGAGCGGGUGCCCCCUACCGAUCCAGGCCGACAGUCCCGCGCUUGGCUCCAGCUGCUUUAGCGCCCCCCAGCGGCCGGGGCAGGACGGGCGCCCCCUAGCGAUCCAGGCCGAUAGUCCCGCUCUUGGCUCCCUUUACCUUAGCGCCCCCCGGCGGCCGGGGCCGGAAGCGGGCGCCCCCGGCCGGGGCCGGAAGCGGGCGCCCCCUAGCGGAUCCAGGCCAAUAGUCCCGUGCUUGGCCCCGGCGCCGCGGCGCCCCCCAGCGGCCGGGGCCGGGAGCGGGCGCCCCCUAGCGAUCCAGGCCGAUUGUCCCGCGCUUGGCUCCUGCCGCUUUAGCGCCCCCCAGCGGCCGGGGCCGGAAGCGGGCGCCCCCCAGCGAUCCAGGCCGAUAGUCCCGCGCUUGGCUCCGGCUGCGUUAGCGCCCCCCAGCGGCCGGGGCGGGAGCGGGCGCCCCCUAGCGCUCCAGCGGCCGGGGCCGGGAGCAGGCGCCCCCUAG